CUUAAAAAUUCGCACAAAAUUUCCCGGUAGGGCUAAUAGCCGCAGGCCCGCACCUUCUGCCAUCCAUUUCACGUUUCGCCGAUGUCCCGUCCAGGUUCGAUCUCCAUACCAGACGUCUACAUCGUAGAAGAUUACGAGGGAGAGGAAUUUGAAGAAGGAGAAGGAGAAGAAGAAGACGAAGAAGAAGACGAAGAAGAAGAAGAAGAAGAAGAAGAAGACGGGUCCGAAGAGGAUACAGACGAGGAGGAGGAUGAAGUGACGUAUACAGGGUGGCCGGAUCUAUCUGGCGCUGGAGGAACUACGACGCCGUCGCAGGAUGAUGUGCGAGGUUUUGAGAAUACAGGGGAGACUACGUCGGACGCCGGAGCAUCUCAAAGCGCGAGAUCAGUUGAGAAAUUGGCAGGUGUUGAGGACGAUGACGGUGCGGGAGAGCGAGAGGAGUGGGAUAGGAGUGAGGUUGAUGGUUUGUUCUGUCCAAUUUGUAUGGAGGCAUGGUCUAGCGGUGGUAACCAUCAAAUCUGUUGUCUGCCUUGCGGACACGUUUAUGGAAUGUCUUGUAUCAAGAAAUGGUUAGACCAGAAAAAAAGAUCGGGAAAGUGUCCUCAAUGCAACAAGAAAUGCACAGUGAGGGAUGUCCGGCUACUUUAUGUGUCUCAACUUCUUGCAGUGGAUGAAAAACUACAAAAGAAAAUUCAAUCACUUGAAGCUAAGUGUUCUUCACUGGAGAAGAAGUGUGUUGAUUGGAGCAAGAAAGAAACUCAGUGGCAAAAAACAGAAGCCAAUUUACAAAUGCAAAUUCGCCAGUUAAAAGAGAGCAAAACUAAUGUGGAUGUUUGGCCUAUAGAGAUGGAAAACAGGCCUUCGAAAUGGCAUAUCCCAGGUAGUUGCAACUAUGGUUGGCAUGGACAUUUCAACUACUUUUCCUUGAAGGAAGAGAUGAAGAUGGAAGGUGCUCGUUUCUUUGACAUUGAUGUUUCUGGUCAAGUCCUUAUAAUUGCUAGAAGAUUAUCUGGAAUGGGGGGAAUACAUGUUCUUACGAAAAUGAGCUUGUUAUCACAACACGAGAAACAAGACAUUCAUCUACUUCCAAGCACUAAAGCGGUCAAAGACAUUCACAUAUCACCAUAUGACAGGCUUGUCCUUGUGGCUUCCUUGGGAAAGAAGUUGUCAAUUCUUAGUAUGGAAAGCAACAAUACAAUUUUAACAUAUGAUUUACCGACUGCUGCUUGGUCUUGCUCUUGGGAUGUUAACAACCCAUGCUACAUAUAUGCUGGUUUACAGAAUGGAAUGGUGAUGGAGUUUGAUAGGCGCCAAACUAUGAGACCUGUGGAAUGCAUCAAUGGCUUUGCAGUCAAUCCCAUUCAUACUAUGCACUCUAUCUUAACCCAUCCAGAAUCUAGCUCUGGUUCAAGAAGAAGCAUUUUAAGUGCAUCUUCAGUAGGCCUAUGCCAGUGGAACUUUGGUUGUUAUGAGGAAAGGCCGCAUAUAAUUCCUCAAUCAGAUAAUCAUGGAGUGUGUAUUUCUCUUGCCUAUGCACCAAGUACUAGUGACAUUGUUGCUUCGUUUCGUCCUAAAGUGGUGAUGUCAGGCGACAUAGGAGUUGCUGCUUCACAAACGAUGCUUUCUCCUUCCUCUUCUCUCACAGAGCAGGCUGUACAAGGUUCCCAUGUUGUCUACCGGAUACAAAGCAACAGCUACCACAAGGUAGGCGUUUCUUGUGCAAAUGUAAGCGGCAUCCGUUUACCAAAGUCCACCAUAAUAGAAAGUGACACUACGGAGAAGGCUCUGUUUGCUUGUGGGGAUGAAGCGUCGUGUGAACUUGUUCUGCAAGAGUUGCCAUCCCUAAAAGACGUAAUGCGUGUCCAAGCUCCUAGAAAUCCUGUUUGCGAUGUGAAGUACACAAAUGCCUUGGGUUCAGGAGGACUGUUGAGCUGUUUGCGCCAGGACAGUGUGCAACUUUUUUCGGCUAGAGCUUCAUGAAGAAAAAGGCGCAGAUUUACACUCGUGUGAAGAGGGACACUGCCCCCUUUCCUCGCCGCCACCACCACCACAAAUUGUGAAAUUUAUAGUCGUGCACCGAAGUGGAAAAGUAAAAGCCGAGGAGUAAAUAGUCUGGAAUGGCAUAGGAGUAUAGGACCAACAGUGAUGGUGUGGUUAUAUAAAUUGGUCCUGGCUGGCAUUGCUUCUUGAUGUUGUUACCUGCUCAUGGAGAAAUUUUAGUGAGGGUGUGGUUAAUUUAAUACCUCUGGUAUGAAUGCUAUACUUAACACAAAUAAAAUCAUUAGGCUUGUAUUUUGAAAUGUUAUACAAGUAUUUCGUAAUUGAGACGUUUAUAUAUGUAACUUGGUUUUUAGGUAAUUU